CACAUUCAGUACAACAUGGCGGCCGGACGCACCGCUCAGACUUCCGCGUUCGCACUUUGGACUAUUUUCGUGUGGAUAUUCACUGUUGAGGCCGCUGAAGAAGUUUUGCUGGACACAAGAAGUAUGUCAACGCUAGCGGGAUGGACCGUUAACCCUACCAACUCGUGGAUUGAGGUGAGCAAUUUGAGUCCAGACACCGGCCACCCCGUCAGAACGUACCAAGUGUGUCAAGUCCAAAGGGAGGACCAGAACAACUGGCUAAGAACUGAGUGGAUCCCCAAAAAGGAGGGGCAGAGGAUCUACGUGGAAAUCCGAUUCUCCAUCCGCGAGUGCCGGGAUAUACCGAACGUCGUCUCGUGUAAGGAAACCUUCGACUUCUACUAUUUCGAAUCCGACCAAGACGAUGCUACGGACGAAUAUCCUGCCUGGAACGAAUCGGCGUACACGAAAGUGGACAGAAUAGCGGCGGACGGUAGGUUUAGCAACGUGAACGUUCAGGAGAUCAACAAGGAAAUUCGCAACAUCGGUCCCAUCACCAAGGACGGAUUCUACCUGGCCUUCCAGGAUUCCGGAGCGUGCAUGUCUCUUCUCUCGGUACGAGUGUACUACAAGGUUUGCCCAACGGUAGCGCACAGCUUGGCAACCUUCAACAAGACCGUGACUGGCCCCGAGGUCACGUCCCUCGUCCAGGCCGCCGGUUCUUGCGUGCCAAACGCAGAAGUCGAGGCCCAGCCGACGGUGCAGUGCACCAGCGAUGGGAAGUGGACGCUGUUUGCUGGCGGUUGCCGCUGCCUCCCGGGACACGAGCCCGAGUCCGACGGCUGCACCGCGUGUCACGAUGGGACGUUCAAACCAGAGGCAGGGAACGACGCGUGCCUGUCCUGUCCUGCUCGCAGCCGUGCGUCCUACGCCGCAGCAACGAUCUGCACGUGCCAGAACGGCUUUUACCGAGCAGAGGACGACGAACCAAGUGAUGCGUGCACAGCACCCCCCUCCAAGCCGAGAAACAUGGUCUCAACUGUCAACAAGACGACGGUGGAUCUGUCCUGGGAGGCGCCACUUGACGACGGCGGACGCGACGACCUUGUCUACAAGGUCGUGUGCCAACAGUGUACCGAGGGCGGCGUCUGCACGCAGUGCGACGAUUCCGUCCGAUACGACCCCAGUAAGGACAACAUCCGUGCAAGCUGGGUGAAGAUUCAGGGCCUCAUGGCGCACACUCGAUACAGAUUCGAGGUCCACGCGGAAAACGGAGUGUCAGCUGUGAGCGGUGUCACCGACAGAUUCGAGUCCAUCGCUCUGAAGACCAACGUUGCAGCUCCCUCCCAAGUCGAAGGCGUGACGCAAAUUGGAUCGACGGAGAUGUCGCUUUCGAUAUCCUGGUCUCCCCCCAGGAAGCCGAAUGGCGUGAUCCUGGAAUAUCGCGUACAGUACUACCCACUGCGGGACGGUCCAACGCAGACAAAGUUUGCCAAGGUCGACGGCCAGGUUACCCAGGCAACCGUGGAACACCUUGACAUGGGGGAGGAGUACGUCCUUCAGGUCCAAGCCCGAACAAUAGCUGGGUAUGGUCAACUGAGCCAACCAGUGACAAUGAGGACAGAUGCCAAUGGCUCCCAAGCCCCCAUGACUGGUGACCAGCCAGUGAUGAUCGCGGCCAUCGCUGCUGCCGGGAUCUUCGUUCUUCUGGUCUUUGUUCUGGUGGUCAUCUUUGUGCUGUAUAGAAGAAGAAACAGGAAGCCGCCAAGUGACAUGGACAAGCUUGAGUACUCCAACGGAGAAGUUCGCCUGCCUGGUUUUGUUGCUCCGCGUGUGAAGACCUACAUCGACCCUCACACCUACGAGGAUCCUCAACAUGCCGUGCUGGAGUUUGCCAAGGAACUGGAGCCCUCCUGUCUCACUAUCGAACAGGUCAUUGGUGGAGGUGAGUUUGGAGACGUUUGUAAGGGCCGUCUGAAGAUGGGGAAGGGACAGUACCUAGACGUGGCCAUCAAGACGCUCAAGGCGGGAUCAAACGACAAGAUGAAGGGCGAUUUCCUCACAGAGGCGUCGAUCAUGGGCCAGUUCACAGACCCGAAUGUCAUCAAGCUGCAAGGAGUCAUCACUAAGAGUCGCCCAGUGAUGAUUGUGACAGAAUACAUGGAGAACGGCUCUCUGGACACCUUCCUAAGGAAACAUGAUGGAAGAUUCCAAGUGCCCCAGCUGGUGGGGAUGAUCAGGGGUGUGGCCUCAGGCAUGAGGUACCUGGCAGAGAUGAACUACGUACACAGGGACCUGGCUGCGCGGAACGUGCUUGUGAACAGUAGCCUGGUGUGUAAGGUGUCGGACUUUGGGCUGUCCAGGGUUCUGGAGGACGAUCCAGACGCAGCGUACACCACCAGGGGAGGAAAGAUCCCUGUCAGGUGGACUGCACCUGAGGCUAUCGCCUACAGGAAGUUCACAUCAGCCAGCGACGUGUGGAGCUAUGGGGUCCUGGUUUGGGAGGUGAUGUCAUACGGGGAACGGCCAUAUUGGAAUUGGUCCAACCAAGAUGUGAUCAAAUCGGUGGAAGCUGGUUACAGGCUACCCCCGCCCAUGGAUUGCCCAAAAGCGAUCUACCAGCUGAUGUCGGACUGUUGGCAAAAGGAGCGGAACGCCAGGCCGAAGUUCACGGCGAUCGUGGCGAGCCUGGACAAGCUGAUCCGCAACCCCAUGGUCCUGAAGGUGCUGGCCCAGCCAAGGUACUUGCCUGAGCCGAUGCACCACCACUCGACGUCGUCUGACCUGUACAGCUCGGUUCCUGAGUGGCUGGACAGCCUGUCCCUGGGCAGGUACACAGAGAACUUCCUGAAGGCCGGCUUCACCAACCUGGACUGUGUUGCUAAGAUCACACUCAGGGAGCUACAGAGCAUCGGAGUGACGAUGAUCGGUCAUCAGAAGAAGAUCAUGAACAGCGCCCAGAUGCUGCGGGCCCAGGCCAGCCCCAACGCCAACCUCCGCGCCCCCUCCCCCAUUGCAAACGGUCAGCCCCUCCCCCACAUGCACGGUGGGGGGGUGAGCAGCUUGCACGGAACCCCCAACAUGCACCACCACAACACACGACAUAUUACUCACGCAUUGCCCGUAUAGACCAGUUCACAGUCCCAGGAUCCUUUGCCCAUUGUUUGACACAGUGGCAGGGUCGAAGGUCAGGGGGUGCCCCCCCCUCUGCAAAGUGCCGUUAACGCACAAAGAAUCUUGGGACCAUGAAGUGGCCUAUCGGGCCUCGUGACGCAUAGCAUGACUGGUGGUGGACUCUACUCCUGAGAUGCAGUGCAUCGUGGGAAGACUGAGGCAUGCUGGGUAACCGAUGAAGCAACCAUGCUGCUACUUAAAAUGUUGCAAUUUCGGAAGGGGGAAAGCUGGAAAGAUACAAAAUCUGAAUGUAGAGAGAGAGAGAAAAAAAAUGCAGUUAAGUGCAAAAGAAGGAUACCAUGACAGCAAGAAACGAGGAAUACAACUAUGAAUAACUGAUGCAAACAUUUGAGUAUUGAGUUUGUGUAUCUGUGAGUGUGGAAAGGUCUUCUCUUUCUAAGCACACAGGUCAAUAUGAGUGUUCAUUUCUCCUUGGGUUUGAGGAAGGUAGUUUUGUGAGGAGAGCUGCCGGGACCAGCUCGUAGUGAGACAGUUUGUACAACUAUACAGCCUUGAUAACUUGUCACUGCACAUACUCUGCACUGAUAUGUUAAGAUUGGUGGUUUUGAUAGACGAUAUAUGUGUGUGAUGUAGUCAAUCACGUGUGCCAUUUACAUUUGUACAUCAUCAGCAGUUUGUUUUUAGGAAUUCUUCAGGCUGGUGAAUUUGUGUUGUAACAGUUGUGUUUUUAGUUGUGUUUAAAAAUGAGUUUGAAGCUGCUCAAAGAUUAUUGCACAUGUCAAUCAAUAAUUGUUUGUAAGUAGGUUAUUCCCUUAAUGUGUAAAUAACAUUCUUCAGAGUUGCAUAUAUGUCCGAAUGAAGGGCUGCCCGCUAGAACAGUAAAAUGUCGGCAGUUGUAUGGGAACCAUGACAACAUCUGGCACUGCAAUUUCCUAUUGAUAGUUUUGUUAAUUUGCUUUCGCAUCAUAGAAAUCAAAACAAAAAUUAUAAGUCUGUUUCCAUGGUAAUUAAAUGAAAUUGUAUCCAAUCAAUGAAGUACUAGUCAGGACUGUCACCAAUGUACCGUAUUCCCUGUAAAUGCAAAGGAUGUUUAAUAUGAAAUCUUCUGUAGAUAAUAUGAGGGAGAGAGAUUUGUUGUACAUGUAGACAUACAUACAGUCCACUGAAUAUAUUUUCAAACUGCAGAAUUUCUGGGUUCAUAUUCAGUGUAGUAGAAAGGAACAGAGAUAUAGAGAUGAAAGUUGUAAAAUUGAAAAAAAAAAGGUGCUUAACUGAACUACUUAAUAUGCACUUGAAGACAUAUUUCUGGAGAUUAUAUGGCUUGUGUAAAUGAACCUAAUCCAAGUGUGUAACCAGCGGCAACUUUGUUUCUCAAAGUAAUCUGAUGAUUUAAAAUUCCCUUUUGAUGCUUGAUAGCUUUGUUAUUUAUUGUAAAGUCUUGUCUACUGUAUAUAUUGUUUUUCCGCACUAUUUAUUUUGGUCACUAUGUUUGUUUAAUUAAUUUGACACGCAUAAUUUGCCCAGUGGGACAGAGAACCUGCCCCUUAGCUCUGCUUGUCUGUAAGUUGUGGUAACGUAUUUAGCCAAGUAUUGUGGAACUUCUCGCCAUGUACUUUUCGAAGCCUUGUGGCCAAAGAAUCGUCAAUAUAUUUUUGAUGGAACAUCAUUGUAAAUGUAAUGAUUAAAAAAAAGAUGUAAUUUAUAAAAGAGCGUGCAUGUUCGCUGACUUCUCGCUUCUUGUGAGGGAUGAUGAUUCCUCGGCUCUGUACAAAAUUGUACACUUAUAAAUGGAGAAUAAAAGUUUUCUAUCUGA